AAGCCACUUAUUGCAUUCAGUAUCCGAACGCGGACGCACGCAUGCUAUAUAAAAUCGAUAUAAAAUCAUCGAUAAAAUAUUGAUUAUCUGUAAUUUAAUAGAUUAGUGACGUGACAGUGGAACAAUUUUUUGUGUAAUCGAUUCUUGUUAUAAUGUGAAAAUAGGACAAUUCGAAUUCUAUUUUUAACACUUCGAUAACUGCAAUUCCUAAAGUGUCAAUAUGGCUGCGGAUAUAUCUUAUGCCAAUGCCACAUUGGACAAUGGCUUGUCGCAGAUGGUGAACAGUCAUUUGAAAGGUGUUGGAAGAUUAUUCUACAUUCAUUCUCCCAAAGACACGAUGUUCGAGCGACAGGAAGAUGUGCCUAACUUUUUCAGACAGUCAUGGCCUUAUUUCUUAAUCUUCAUGGUCCUGGAGCACAUCGUUUUAAGAUUAAAGGGUCAUAAAGGAAUACGUCUCAAUGAUGGCAUAACAAGCAUCUCUCACGGCGUCUUCCAAGAAUGUGGCAGAUUAGUAUGGCGAGGUGCGGAAUCCUACCUAUACACUUGGAUUUACACUAACUUUAGGAUAGUAGAGUUGCCAUGGGACCACACAAUAACGUGGUACGCGGCCGCUAUUGGAGUCGACUUCUGUUAUUACUGGAUGCACAGAGCUUGUCAUGAGAUCCACAUCCUUUGGGCCCAGCAUCAAGUGCACCACACAUCUGAAGACUUCAACAUGGGCGUUGGAAUACGGCAGUCUGUCAUGCAAGGCUGGUGUGGAUUUAUAUUCUAUCUGCCGCUGGCGCUGGCCAUACCGCCGGCGCAGUUCGUGAUGCAUCACCAGUUCAGCUACUUGUACAUGUUCUGGAUACAUACGGAGGCCAUCAAGAGCCUCGGCCCGCUGGAGUACAUCCUGAACACUCCCAGUCAUCACAGAGUACAUCAUGGUAGUAACAAAUACUGUUUGGAUGUGAACUACGGCGGUGUACUUAUCAUUUGGGACAGAAUCUUUGGAACUUUCAAACCCGAGAUCGAAAAGAUGGAAAUCGUAUAUGGACUCAUUUAUAACCAGCCUUCAUUCAACCCCUUGUACUUACAGACUUUCUACACAGGAUACGUUGUGGAGAAAUUCCAACGUUUCACCUCAGUCGGAGAUAAACUGCGAGCGAUAUUCUGGGGCCCGAGCUGGGAGCCUGGUACUCCCAGACUUGGUGCUGAAGAUGAUAAACUUGAAAUUUUAUCCAGAGAUAAAUACGACGUGCAUUUACCUUUUUGGUGCAACUUGUACCUCGUCGCGCACUACGCCGUCGUCUUCUACGGCUUCUUUGAUCUCACAGACAGAUAUAUGGGUAUGACUCCGAUAUCUGUAUUAAUAUUCGUCUUCUAUAUUAUCGCAUCUCUAACCAUUAUUGGUAUGGUCUUCGACAACUCUAAAUACGCACCGAUUCUAGAAGCACUAAGAUGUUCAGCUCUGGCUUUCUUCACAAGAAGCCUCAGCUCCACUAACCCAGGUUUAGGAGCAACUCUUCAAUUCUUCUACGUGAUAUCCGCCAUGUUCUGGUGCUUGCAUACAUUGAAACUUCUAGAAAUUAAAAAGAUUAAAUCGGAAUAAAUCUAGUCCUACUUUCUUACCAAAAACUUUUCCUUAGAUAACUUUUAUGAAUAGAAUUAGGGCCUGUCCCACCAAAUUGUAAAUCUGAUAUGAUGGAAAUAUCGGAUUUUGUCACUUUAUAUGACAAUGACGUCAAGCUAUCUGAGCCUCUAUCAGCCAAUUGUGGGACAGGCUCUAAAUGUCAUAGUUUAUUGAUAAUGAAUGUAUUAGUGUAGAUAUCUCUGUACAGUAAAUUAUUAGUUAGUUUUUGUAUUGAAUCACUUAAUAUUAGUAAUAAAUAUGUAAAAUAUCAUACUUAUUAUCAAAGGGUCACGAACUAAUGAUACUUUUAAAUGUAAAGUGCCUUGUUCAUUAUCUAAAUGUUUUUGUUAAAAAUGUUUUGUGAAAUUAUAUCAUGUAAGUAGGUUAGUUAAAUUGUGCCAACGAAUUUAACUUUAAGUAUA